AUGCAGGUGUCGAUUGAAGCGUUCCUUGGCUCGCGCGCUGACGCUCGCGGCGCUGAAGACGUGCGCUUCAAGGUCCCGUUCCUGCCUCUGACGGCGCCGGAGGUAUCGACGCCCGUGACGUUUCGUGCCGAGAUGCCGCUGUACGAGCACCAGCGACGGUCGCUCUACCGCAUGCAGCAGAUUGAAGGACGCGACGAGAGCGUGGCCAAGUUUAACUUUGGGAUGCUCGACUAUUACUCGAAAGGCGGGUGUCUAGCAGAUGCUAUUGGCAUGGGCAAGACCGCGACGAUGCUGGCGCUCGUGGCAGACGAGCCGCGAGACUAUGCGGUUGGCGCUAAUUUGCUGGUAGCGCCCUCGCAUUUACUCGCGCAGUGGAAACGUGAAGUGGACAAGUUUGUGAAGCGCGGGGAGACUGACGUUGUUCUAGGGCUGAAAAAGUACAUGGAGUUGGUGGAGAACCCGGCAGCACGUGGCGACAUUUCGAAUCGAAUGCUCGUGCUCGUGGGGGUCGAAGAAGCAGUCCAGUCGAAGGCUUAUUACUAUCGGCAUGGGAAAGUGUACCCAUUAGAAAGCAACGGUCGCGGAAAAGCACUAGUAGUGGCGCCCAGUUCGAUGCGGCAGUAUGAAGAGGCAGCCAAGUUUGUCCACAAAGCUUAUUGUGGGCCAUUGUGGGUGACGUUACUGCACAUGCCACUGAAAGCGUGGCGACGUGUGAUUUUCGAAGAAGUGCAAGACUUGGUGCUGCCUGGAAAAGACGCGAGAGACUGCUUCAUUCAACUCACGCAUAGGUGCUCGAACGUAUGGCUGAUCACUGCGACGCCGUUUCCCGGCAAAGCGGAGUCGAUGUAUGCAAACAAUCAGCUGCUCGGAUUCAAGCGACUGCGACUGCUGCCACAUGACCCUGCGUUUGACGAAAUUAAAAGGAAGCUGUAUCUUCGCAACUGCGCACAAGUGAAGCAGAAGGCAAUCACUGAUAAAAUCGAGGUGGACGAAACUUACAUUCCAGUAAAGCUGCAUCCCCGAGAGCUACUGUUGUACAAGAUUGAACGAGUCCUGGCCGCGAAACAGUCUGAAUACGACGUCUUUGCUCUUGGGGAUGUCGACAUGCAGCCUGCCAGUAUAGAGAAAGGUAAGACCAGUACAGUGAUGCUCGAACAGACAUCUGUCGACGCUACGGAUGUGCUGUCGAAGACACUGUGGGCAAAAGAGUACCAUCCUGCGCGACAAAGUUGUGUGCACGCCGGCAUCUCUGAUCGAGUACUAGAUAGGGAGCGUGGGGGUAAGCAAAGCAGCUUGACAACUAGCUUGGCGUCAACGUUGGUCAAAGUCAAGAGCCCUAGUGAGACAUUUCGCGACGAGAAGUAUCAUUUACACCGGCAAUUGGCUGUAGCAACCAAGCACAAAGAUGAAGUGAAUGUGAUGGAGGCUGCAACGUACAACACUGUAGCGAUUUGUCGUGCGAUUUUCUCCAACACGUACGCCAAUGUGGUGCAGUGCUUCGAAGAUAUGAAGGGGUCUGGUCUGAGCAAAUUCUUCAACGAAAGCGGGGAAACGACAGCCGGCUUCCGGAUGCUCUAUAAGCACUAUCAAUUCAAUGACGACAUCCCUGAGCCGACGGAGUUGCUCUUUUAUCACGAAAGUGAAAUUGAAGACUAUAUACUGAAACACUUCAACACGAUGGGCAAGGUGGAAAAACUAGCCAAGGUCAUGGAGUUCACGCUGGCCGAACGGUGUCCACGUGCCCGCGCUCUCGUUGAAGAACAGCUCAAGCAGAUCACCGAGUGCGUCGCGCUUAUUGAGUCGGAAAACGUUUGCACAGAUGACGCCGUCGAGAAAAUGCCAGUGUACGGCAGCAAAGUAUCGACACUGGUGCAGUAUUUGAGCCGCCUACCGACAAUAAAAGUCGUGGUCUUCACGAUGUGGGAUCGAGCGCUACGAGUUGUGGACAAGGCACUCCGUCUGGCUAAUAUCACAAGUGCUGUGUUUUUGCAGCACCAGUCGAGCGAGACGAAGUCCGCCCACGUUGCAUCAUUUCACAGUGGAGACAUCCAAGUACUCAUCUUGAACUCGAUCACAAGUGCGUCUGGAAUCAAUCUGCAGGUGGCGUCUCAUGUCAUUUUCCUGGACCCAGUCGGAUUUAGUCCCAUGCAAGCCAGUACGUUGGAGCAGCAGGCAAUUGGCCGUGUACUGCGGAUGGGUCAGACGAACGCUCUCGUGACCGUCAUCCGGCUCGUUUCUGAGGACACAAUGGAAGCUGCACUAUAUGAUGAUAUCCACGAAGCAACGGCGAAGGCCAUUGCAGCGGACAAAUCGUUUUUCGACGGAGAACGCGAAGACGCGUACGUGUGUGCCGACUUUGCAGCGCCAAUUCGACGAGUCGUGCGCAUGUCUACGCCAACCGAAGAUGGAGCCGAGGCAGUAGAGGAGGAGAUCCAGCUCGAAGGGUCUAUGUCGAUCGAGGAAGCCAUCACUUAUCGAAUAAAGCAGGCUGCAUCAGAAGGCGAAGUGUUUGAUCUCACAGAAGACGCACCGGUGGCACUGGAGCAGCAGCUCGCGGCCGCUCGAGACAGUGAUGGCAUGCCGCAACGAAAAAAGCGUCGCACCCGUGGAAGAGCAGGUACUUCGAGUGUCAUUGACGCAGUAAUUGUCCGAGAAGCUGUAGUUAAGAGUGAACUGCAGCACGCUGCAAGGUGA